AAUGGGUGGAUCUUGUGAUUUUGCUUGCUUUGGGGUAGCGAUGGCGGUCGUUUUGAGAGCGAUGGAGUGCUGAACCCGGGUUCCUCGCCAACUUUGCGCGGCAGAUGGCUGCAAGGCGCAUCAUUUCCUGCCAAAUGAGCCUUCAGCAGGACUGUGGAUGAAACUGGAGGACCAAGUGGUCUACGGGGAAGACAACGUCAGCCAAGAGGAGUGUCGCUCGCUGAACGACUUCAACUUUGGCUUCAUACUAGGUGGCUGCGACCUUUUGCUGGACGUCCCCAUGAGCACUUCCUGGACUUCUAUGCCGCCAGAGCUGGCUCCGAGCCACCUAGCGACAUGGACGUCGUCUUCGACCCCUUUGCUUCCAGAGGAUCAUGUGCCCGAUCCGGUGUGUGAGAAGGAAUUGAAACCCUGGGCGCGCUACGGCAGUGGCAGAUGCUGGACCGUUGCUGGCAGCUGAUCGAGCAGAAUGAGCACUGACAGGCCAACGUGCUGCGCAUUUUUGAUGACGCAGCUGUGCUUGCACCCUACACCCCGUGGCCCGCUUCACACGAUGGGGGUGUGCCUCAACGCGAAGUUCGACUUCGCCGUGGGACAACAUGCGCAAGUACCUCACUGCUUGAAGAGCAAGGGCAGCAUGUCAUGCUUCUGUUGCUCUUCAGCCGGUCGGUAGCGGACCUGAUCGCUGCGCAGCGGAACUGCACCAAUGUUAUCAUGUCUUCGGGAGUCCUUGCUGUUCAACUCUAUGAGCCUGGCCAACAUGUCGUUACACAAAGCGAGCCACACUGGCGCUUCAUUCUCUCUGCCAAGCUCACAACUCACAACGGUUGGUGCCAGCACGACCUACUGUGGAUGGACAAAAUCCUGCACCA